AGUUAUUUCCUUUUCCCUCAGUGCGCAGCCGCGAAAUCCCCUCCUGGUUAAAUCGAAAGUGAAAGCGUGACCCGGAUGUGCAGCUACUUCACUCUACAGACAAGAACAACCCUAGACUGAACCACCUGGCAGGCCACAGCUAUCACGGUUGUGAUUUUCUGUCACUGUCUCCUGCACUCUUUGCCGGCUUGAAAAAUGGGGACUGGAAGACUCCUUUUUUGCUUUGCUCUGAGUCUGGGCUUGAUCAGUAUCUACUGUAUGACUCCGACAAGUGCCAUUGAUGUCAUUGACAACUUGAAUGAUCUAAAAAACAAAACAAACUUUGAUGAAUACCUCUCGACUCUGUGCUGGCUACUCAGUCUAGGUAAAAUUGACCAAAAUGGAAAACUACGCCUUAAUAUCAAUCCAACUGACAAACAUUUAGGCUUUCAUCAGUUUAAAAACUUUGAAAAAACCUUUCCUAACUUGUCUAAAACCAAUUUUGAGUAUUAUACUUUUGGCAAUGUAAUUAAAGCACUAAAAAGUUUGCCUAAUUAUAUUAUUAGGAAAAUCUGUAACUCGCAGAUUAGUUCCAAAAACAAUCUUCACAGAAUUGUAAUUCAAAUUGACAAAGAUUAUCCAAAUGUAGUGUUUAAAGUGUAUGUUACACAGCACUAUAAGGACAAGAACAAAGGCAGUAGUUAUGAUCCAAAGUUUACCUUUGAGAUCAGCAUAAAGCUGCUCAAAGAAAUCGAAGACAUAUGUCUGUCUAUUCAAGAGCAGCAAACAUUUCAGCGUAAACUAGGAAAAUUGCAAAAUCAUCCUCACGUCCAUUGGCUUGUGUACAUUGUAGAAUGUAACACCGAUAAUAAUGUUAAAGAACAUACAAAGUCUAAUUCUCAAGCCAGUUCCAAGCAUUCGCAGUUAGACAAAAUAAACCUUGAGCUACAAUCCACUCCAAAUGGGCAGGCGAGGAUCGUAUGGGAUGGGAUCCCGGAUGAGAUGCUGAGCAAAGAGCUGAAAGUAGGUGUUUACGGAGGAGAAGAUGAAGACGACCCUUUGGUAGAGCACCCACUGAACGGAAGGGCGAAUGGAGUAAUAGACACCGACUUGGAUCUUCGUUGUGGUCUUCAACUCCGUCUUCUAGUGCCGGUCACCAUCUUUGAAUCUGUUUAUGAAAGUCCUGAGUUUGAUGGCCCAGAGGGUAAAGUACCUGCGGGGACAUCGUACAUGUUAACAAUCAUUGUUGGGCUGAUAACUAUCAGUAUUUUCAUUUUAAUAAGAAUGAGGACUGACAACAGACCGAAAGCCACACCUCACUUUGUAACAGUGUCACACGGCAGACCAGGUUUCUGAAAUGUGCUGAAGUGAAUGCGUCUACAAGUUGAUAGGUAGCAUUUUCAAUGAUUUUAAUUUUUAUAAUAAGCACUGCUGUAAGUCACCUAAAAAUUUAUCAAGAUUGAUUGGUGCUCAUUUUGGCCAAAAUGAAUAUGAAAUAGUACUGAUAGAGAAUCGUACCUAUACGAGCCGGUCACCUGACUCAUCUAUUAAUGAUGCUUGGGCUAAAAAGAAAUCAUCCCCAGAUACACUUCUUUGUAACAUUCCUCGUCAGUCUUAAUUUCGUCAGUCUUAUUCCAUGCUUAGCUUGAUAAAACUAACUAUCGUAACAUUGUGCACACAAGUUUUCCCUAAAAUGUAAAGAAAUAUCUGAUUUAAUUGCAUAACUGUGUUUUGAUUACUAUUAUAUUGAGCUAUAAAAUCUCAUCAACCUGUCAAGAUGAUCACUGAAGCAAGUUUGUGAACCCUCAGCGUUUCAGAAAUGACCACGUGACCAAGACAUCACUUGCACAAUGCUUUUGUGUGCAUGAAGAUAUUUUACCACAAAAAGAUUUUUUAUUUUGUUUUACUAUAUAAUUAUUAAUCAAAACAACACUGAAACAGCAAAAUAAAAAAAUUCACACAUUUCAAAUGAAGUUAUAGCCUGUUGUUGUGAAAAGCUGCAUUUAAGCAUCGUAUUUAAUCUUCACCUAUCACAAUGAUGCUUGUAAAUAAAUUCAAUUGUGUCCGUAUUUACAUAAUCCGUUAAUGAAGUUAAUUAAUGAUGCAUUCACUUUGCAAUACUGUAUUGAUGAUGUGUUUACAUGUGACAAAUGCUUGUGGACUGUAAUAUUUCUCAUCAUUAGCUGUUUACAUGUAUUUUAAACUACACAUUUUUUUAAUACUUUACACUGAAUGAAUGCGUCUUUGUGCACAAUUAUGAUAUGUAAAUGAUAGAAUGUAUUAUGUAUUGUAAUAAUUCAAUGUGUAAAAGUAUUAAAUGCUUCUGUUAGUGUUUUUGACCUUUAAAAGCAAAAUUGAGUCUUUCCUAUUCCACAUGUAUGUUUCUAAAAAAUGUUAAACAAUGCACUGGACUACAUAAAUAAAAUACAUGAAAUUCUACUGAAA